AUGUCCUCUGAAGGGAGUACUCGGAUUGCAGUCGGAACAAGGGACAAGAUAGUUCAGGUACUUGUUCUAAACACGAACUCGCAACUGGAGGCCGUUUUCGUGGUGCGACUGGACAACACUGUGCCAAAGUCUGUAGCAUUUGCAGACGAUAAAGGUGUUUAUGUGUUUGGACUAUAUGACGGCAACUUCAUCAAGCUGAAGGGGGAUGACGGCACAGUAGUGAAGGAAUAUAGUUGCCAAUCAGUGAUUGGACAUGCGGCAAUCAACCAGAAGAGGGGUGUGUUCGUGGAGCCAGUUCGAACUUUCAUCACCGCUCCUCCCAGUGUAUCAGUCCCAAAGCAGGUGGCAUUCGGUGCCGAAGGGAGGUUGGUGGUAGGUGGGAGUGACAAUGGUUUGGUAUAUAUAUUCGAGAGGAAAACGGGGAAGUUACUGGAGAGUCUUCAUCACUCCAAUGCCGGCCUGGUGCAGACAAUAGCCACACGUGAUAUUAACGGGCGCUGCAUAGUCACCAGUGCAUUGCAAGCACUAAGGCAUAAGGCUACAGUCAAUUUAUGGGUCUACGACUAUGGCAUGAAAAAGGAAACCAUCACCUCGAAAGAAUCCUGGUCUCUGUCGUGUGCACUAACGCGCAUUUUCACAAUCUUGAUUCACGCAAGUGCCCUAUUGGUGACCUUAUGUUUCUUGAUGAACUAUGUGAACUAUGACACGAUGGCGCUGUCAGCAGACCUUGGCCAGCGCAUGAGACAUACACGGGUGUUCUUCGCUAAUAAUCUUGAAGCGAGUGUGCGCGAAGCGGUGUUGGACAAAGUACCGCAUGCACAAGAAAAAAACCACGAAAAGAGCGAUAUCCUGAUGCUGCGCGAAUUGGCAGAAAGGCUUAUGGAGGCCAUUCGAGAGGCAGAAGGAGAUGUAGGUGAAGAAAGCGCCAUUGGUGAAAAAGACGAGAUCACUGCUGAAGCCGAGAGGGUAUUUUAUGAGGCGCUGAGGGUACGAUGGGUUGAUACUAGGGAAGAUAGUUCAGGGGGGAAAGAUGUUAUUCUCAUAUAA